AAGGGGGGGGUUGCGGCGCGAGGCGGGGCGCGCGCGCGGGGCGGGGGGGGUCCUCGCCGGCGCGCGGAAAAAAACGCGCCAAGUUGUGUGAGGGUGUCCCCGCGGUCUCCAUGGCAACGGCGAGCGGGAGCGGGGCCGGCAUGUAGCGGUGUGAGCGCCCCGGCCGCGCCCCGCAGGAGCCAUGCCCGGCGUGCUGCCCGGCGACAGCGCCAGGGCCAGCCCCUCCAAGAAGAACCGGCUGUCGCUGAAGCUCUUUCAGAAGAAGGAGGCGAAGCGAGUGCUGGAUUUCAUCGAGGCGCAGGAAAAUGAGCCGAAGGGCGCGGAGUUCCGCGGCGCCGAGAUUGACCAGGUGGUUCCUGCAGCUCAGCCCCCCUCCCUUGUCAGCUGUGAGAAAAAAGACAACAUGCUGCCUUUUGUGGGCCUGAACAACCUGGGCAACACCUGCUACCUGAACAGUGUCCUGCAGGUAUUAUAUUUUUGUCCUGGUUUUAAAACUGGAGUAAAACAUUUAUAUAACAUUAUUUCAAAGAAGAGAGAAUCUUCAAAGGAUGAAGGAGAGCAAAAGGCAGAAAAGGGAAGCUGUAAAGAAGAUCCCCUGGCAAGUUACGAGCUCAUCUGCAGUUUGCACUCCUUGAUCCUCUCAGUUGAGCAGCUUCAGGCCAGUUUUCUCCUAAACCCAGAGAAGUACACGGAUGAAUUGGCCACUCAGCCCCGGAGGCUGCUCAACACCCUCAGAGAGCUGAACCCCAUGUACGAGGGGUACCUGCAGCACGAUGCCCAGGAGGUCCUGCAGUGCAUCCUGGGGAACAUCCAGGAAACCUGCCAGCUGCUGAAGAAGGAAGAGCUGAACAAACUGCCUGUGGAAGAGCCUGCAGCUAAACUGGAGGAAAAACCCAACCAAAGCUCUGAGAGCAAUGGGUCUGUGAGCCCUGCGGAGGAGGAGGAUCCCAGCCUGGGCAGCCUCGGCGGGGACGCGGCCAAGGAGAAGCUGCUCAAGGGAAACGGGAAAAGGAAAAGCGACGCCGAGGGCGGCAACGCCAAGAAAAAAUCCAAAGUAUCAAAAGAGCAAAUUGCAGCAGAAGAAAAUCAAAGACAAACCAGGUCCAAGAGGAAAGCCACGGCAGAAAAGAUGGAAAACCAAACGGAUGCCAUUGCCAGGUGUUCCGGGGAGAGCGAGAGCGCCAAGCCCACGCAGAAAAAGUCGCGCCUUAGGUUAAACUGGUUAAAAUCUUCCUGCAAACAGCCCAGUAUUCUGUCCAAAUUUUACAGUCUAGGAAAGUUAACUACAAACUUGGGAUCCAAAGAGCCAGGGAAAGAAUAUGACUGUGAGUUCGAAGAGUCAGCUGUCAAGUGUGAAAAUGGUGACAGUAAAGAAGAAUAUCAUGAACCAGCGUCUCCCGUGGAAAGCCAUCAUGGAAAAGGAACUGAAAAAGAACCAAAAAAGGAAGGUACAGAGCUGGCUGUCUUCGAGCUGGUGGAGAAACUCUUCCAGGGCCAGUUAGUGCUGAGGACGAGGUGCUUGGAGUGCGAGUGCUUCACGGAAAGGAGGGAGGAUUUUCAGGACAUCAGUGUCCCAGUGCAAGAAGAUGAACUUUCUAAAAGUGAAGAGAGUUCCGAAAUUUCUCCAGAGCCAAAAACAGAAAUGAAGACUCUGAAAUGGGCAAUUUCCCAGUUUGCCUCAGUGGAGAGGAUUGUGGGAGAGGACAAGUACUUCUGUGAGAACUGCCACCACUACACGGAAGCCGAGCGCAGCCUCCUGUUCGAUAAAAUGCCCGAAGUGAUCACAAUUCACUUGAAGUGCUUUGCUGCCAGUGGCCUGGAGUUUGACUGCUACGGGGGCCUGUCCAAGAUCAACACGCCGCUGCUGACGCCGCUCAGGCUGUCCCUGGAGGAGUGGAGCACGCGGCCCACCAACGACACCUACGGGCUCUUCGCCGUGGUCAUGCACAGCGGCAUCACCAUCAGCAGCGGCCACUACACGGCCUCGGUGAAGGUCACAGACCUGCAGAGCCUGGAGCUGGACGGGGGCAACUUCCUCCCCGAGCUGGACAGGGGCAACUUCCUUCCCGCCUACGGCGCGCUCAAGCCGGAGCCGCUGACCGAGGAGGAGGCGCGGGCCGUGGCCGAGGACUACGACGACGGCGAGGUCUCCUUCAGGCUCAACGGCGCCGCGCCGCCGGGCAAGGUGCUCAGCAAGAAGAACAUGGAGGCCGUGGGGCUGCUCGGGGGGCAGAAGAGCAAGGCUGACUGUGAGCUGUGUGCCAGCAAACAGCCCAACCCCGAGAAGCUCGUGAGCGUGGCUCCCGAGCCCCGCAGUGAGCCCCGCGCCGAGCCCAGGGCGGAGCAGGGCGAGCCCCCGGCGCUGGGAGCCAACGGACUGGAGAACAAAGCUCUCUGCGUGCUCCAGAGCCUCAAGGAGUACGAGGGCAAGUGGCUGCUCUUCGAUGAUUCCGAAGUGAAGGUCACAGAGGAAAAGGACUUUCUGAAUUCUCUUUCUCCCACAUCGUCAUCUACAUCGACUCCUUAUCUACUGUUUUAUAAGAAAAUUGUAGAGUGAUGCUGUACUUGGACUGUAAAUAUUUGGGAUUUGCGUACACCUCUGGCUCUGAUUUGCAUCCAAACUACCUGGAAGCAACGGCUGUUUGUUUUUUGAAGCUACUGAUUCUUCAUCUUUCUGGUCUUUUUUUUCCUUCAGUGUCAAGUGGCUCGACUUGAAUUAACAAAACAUGACAUAGGACUUGACUCACACCGUAACUUUUCUGCUGCAGAAUAGUGCUCUGACCUUUUAGAAAUACCAGUUUGUAUAGAUUCUAAACGAUGCCUACAGCACCCAGUAGUGGUUUUAAUGCAGCUCUAGGUCUCAGACAUGCCUGUUGUAUUAUUAGCUUUUUUUUUUCCUUUUUUGCCCAUUUUUUCCCCAAUUUUUUCCUUUUUUUUUUUCUGUUGUUU